GCAUCCGUAAGUAGAACAACUUCAACGUUCAAUCCCCGCGGUUUUGCUGAACCCGCGACUUAGCCAGCGCGGCCGGCGUCCAGCAAACAGCAAGGGCAGCCCCAAACCCCAAGCACGGCUGCGUUUGUGCCAUGCGGCAGAGGCAGCAGCUCGUCUGAGGCGCCAUGCGCGCGUCAAGCGGCUGCGUUGCGCGCCUGGGCGCCAUGCUAGGAAUUGGCCUGCUGCUCCUGCUGUCGGCGAAACGCCGCUCGGCGGCGCAGCUCACUAAUGCAUUGCUGCUGACGCGGGACGCAAAACAUGGCUCUCUUAGGAGCCUCGCAGCGCCACACCGCUGCGCGCCGCCCUCCCUGGCUGGAAUCCAAUGUGAAAGCCUAAAUGACUCGCUUUGGCCGUGGGCGCUACGCCGCACGUCGCGGCGUCGUAUUUAAAUCAUCGCUGCUCUAAAAAUCUCCCCCGCAGGUCGGCGGCCGCAGCGUCUGGCCCUGCUGCAGGCCCAAGCGCCGCUUCGUGCGGUGCAAAGGCGGCGGCCGCCGCGGCGCUCGCCGCGGCCUUGCGAAUCACGACCGACAGUGUGCCGUGGCCACGGCAUGCACAAACCUAGUCGGCCUCGUGCUUACGUGCGCCGCCGGCGCAGCCAGCGCGGUCGGCGCGCUCGCCGCGGCCCCUUUUCGGGGUCGCGCACCCGCCGGCGUUGCUUCCGCGCCCGACGCCAUCGUCUCCGCGCUCCCGGCCGACGCAGCGCUGCCCGUGCGCGCCGCCGACGCGACGCCGAGCUCGGACGGUUCGUCUCGAGCCCCCGGCGCCGGCCGGGCAAGCGAGUGCGCGUUGGCAAGCCGUGGAACGGCGAGCUGCGCGCCGGCGGCGACGCCGCGGGACGACGACGACGCGGAGCCUCGGACGGGCACACCGCGUCGACGGCGUCUUGCGGCCAUUGCGGCCAUGCCGGCCGCGCAUCUAGCGCAAUUUUUGGCGUUCGUGGUGUUUUGUUUUUGUGUAAAGAGUGCCGACCGGCGCACGAAUCAACAGUUCUGCGGCGCCACUCGCGCACUGAUUGAUUUCCACACAGGUGCGAGCGCCGCCGACUUCGGCGAUGUCACCGAGAUGGACCUGCGACCGCCAGUGCGGAAAGUUGCUUUCUCGGAUCGAUCGUCUACAUGUUCGCCGUCGCUCGAAGUGGUCUCGACGGCUUCGUGUCCCAGAAAGGAGCGACAUGACCGCAUUCUCGCUUUAUCCAAAUCUCACUCACUGUUUGAUUCCACACAGGAGUCAGAUGUUGUUGGAUGCCCUGGGCGCACCAGCCGUCGCGGUGGCGACCGGCGUCGGCGGCCUCGCGGCAGGAGCGGUCGUCGUGGGACGUCGCCGCCGCCGAGUAUCUGGGACAACGCCACCCCGUCCACCACGGCCUCGAGUCGGGGAGGAGGACGACGGAGGCCGUCCCCUUGGGCCGCCUCCGCCUGGUGCUGCGCUCGUCGCCGAGCUUGGCCCUGGCUGGGGGCCCGGCGCGGCGCGUCAUGGCGACGCCGGCGACCCCUACGACUUCGACGACCUCCGGAGCCGCGACGAGGCCGACCCUGCCGGCGCCGACCACGCGGUGAACGCGUGCGCCUCAGGCUCGAGCCUCGGCGCGGACGUCUCGGACGGCGAGAUCUCCGAUUCCGACGAGGAGCCCCCUCCCGCCUACGACGACAUGGGCUUCGAUCUCGACGAGGAGCCGCCUCCCGCCUACGAGGAGGAGCAGCUCGUCGCGCAAAGAGAUGCCGACGCGGCGCCGCCGUUCCGUGGGACGCCCGACACGCUGGUGCUCCGGCCGGGCGACGGGCAGCUCGCCGCGCCGGCGCCGGCGGGCGAGUUCCUCCAGGCGAACGCCCAGCUCGCGCAGGACAUCUCGGACCAACCUCUGCAAGAAUUACCGGGCCCGGAGCAAGCACCUGUGCACGUCCUGACCGACCUCGGGCGACGGGCCGCUCUCAACGCGUCCAACGCGUCGGCGACCGCUCGCGAAGGCUCGCACGGCCACGAACUCCGACGCGAUCAAACUCGGGCGACGGAGACGCAUUUCUUAGUGGAUAUCGUCAUCGGCUCCGCGGGCCCGGACGCCACGGUCUACCAGUACUUCAAGACAAAUAGGCAGCACGCCAGGGGGGCCAUUCAUCGGCUGCUCGCCGCUGCCGCUUCGCGUGCCGAGUGGCUGCGAGGGGCCGCCUUUAUUCCAGCGAUCCAUCACAACAAGCUGCAGGCGCAGCCCGACGACCGCGUUUGGGACGCCGCCAAUGCUGUGGUGCAAUCCGUGGAAGGCGCGCAGCUGGCCGACAAGGUCAUCCGUCGACCCCUCGGCGCGCCGCCGCUCGAUAAGGCGUCUCGCGACGACAACGAGGCCAGACGACGCUGGCACGUGGGCAAGCUCGCCGUCGAUGAUGAGGAGCUCAUCAAGAUCAGAGAGACCACUGACACGCUCGCCAUCUUCGACGACGACCACUGGACGGGGUUUACGCUCGACGCGAUCUUCGACGUGCUCGACGAGGCCAACGACAGGCUCCGGCUGGGCUUCAACAUCAUUUGCCUCACGUUCGCGCGGUGCGCGCCGGCGACGCGCGCGACGCCGACGUUCUCUGACCUGACGCGGGACGUACGUCGUGUUCUUCGACCGGAGCGAGGCGACGGCGGACCUGGACUUCGACGACGACGGCUGCCUCUACGCGCUGUCCGGGCGCGUCGAGCUGAACGAGUGGCACGGCAAGAAGAGCCUGAAGGUCUCGGACUACGACGGGAAGUUCGCGCUCGCGCGCCGGCCCGGGUCGCGCGCCUGCCUCGAGUGCGACGAGCGCAUCGACGACGACGAGCCCAAGUGGAAGGAGAUCUGCCUCAAGUGCUACCUCGACAAGAAGAAGAGCGCCUCCGAAUCCGGGUGAGGAGCUCGUAAGAACAAUGAUAUGUAGA